GUUCUCGAAGAUAGCAACAUGAUCUCGAAGGCGGUGUUGUGUGCCUUGGUGGUGGUUGUGGGAGCCGCGAAGCUCCCAUCUACCUCUUACGGCCCACCUAGGAGAGGCAGCGGAGGAGGCUUCAGGGGGUCGUCUGGCGGCGGAGGGUUUGGAGCCUCAUCUGGGGCAGGAUUCGGCGGCUCCUUUUCUGGAGGCUCAGGCAGUGGAAUUCGAGGUUCAUCUGCAGGCCUCGGAGGUUCGGCUGGAGGCUUCAGAGGCGCAGCAAGUGGAGGCUUCGGAGGUGGAGCAGGAAGUGGAGGCUUUGGAGGUGGAGCAGGAAGUGGAGGCUUUGGAGGUGGAGCAGGAAGUGGAGGCUUCGGAGGAGGAGCAGGAAGUGGAAGCUUCGGGGGCUCAGCCAGUGGAAGCUCUGCCAGGGGAAGCUACCAACCUUCAGGUCCCGUAGUCCCCAUCCUGAAGGACGAGCGUCAGGGACCUGAUGAGUUCGGCAACUACAACUUCGAGUUCGAGACUGGUGACGGCAUCAGUCGUCAUGAGCAGGGCGCCCCCCAGGGGGAGACUGGCGCCGUGGCGUCUCAGGGAGGAUGGUCGUUUACGUUCCCUGAUGGAACUCCCGCUGUCUUCAACUUCGUAGCAGACGAGUACGGCUACCGCGUGGAGUCUGACCUGCUGCCCACGCCCCCGCCCCUCCCCGCCCACGCCAUCGCCCAGAUCGAGAAGGCUCGUCUGGAGGACGCCGCCGCGGCUGCUUCAGGUGGACGUGGAUCAUAUGGAGGCUCAACUAGCGGAGGCUUCGGAGGGUCAACUGGUGGAGGCUUCGGAGGUUCAUCUGGAGGCUUUGGAGGCUCAACCAGUGGGGGCUUCGGAGGCUCAACUGGUGGAGGCUCCGGAGGCUCAACUGGUGAAAGCUUAAGAGGCUCAACUGGUGGAGGCUUUCGAGGCCCAACCAGUGGGGGCUUUGGAGGCCCAACCAGUGGGGGCUUUGGAGGCUCAACUGGUGGAGGUUUCGGAGGCUCUGGUGCCGCCAGCGCCCCUCGUCCUCAGACUCCCAGCAGGUUCUACGGCGCCCCUUGAGUCUCUUCAUCCUAUAACUAUUGACAUGACUCCUACCUUGAAAUCCUUUUAGCACAGAUCCUUUCCUCACUUUAGGUAUCCUUCAGUUGUGUUAGUAACAUCCUGCUGGGUCUUCCUCCUCCCACCACUGUCAUGUCAACACAGCCUCAUGUUACCCCGAGGCUUAUUACGCUUAUUACUUGUACUUUUAUUUAUGAUCCAAAUAUAUUAUAGAUAUUAAACAGU